AUGGUUGCUGCAAUGUGGCAUGGGCCAUACAGAGUUGCCACCUUGGAUAUGUACGACUCUGAGCAGAAGCACGGCCACAAGCGCUUCUUCGUGCUGCGGGGCCCGGGCGGCGGGGAGGAGGGGCGGCGCGGCGGGGAGGAGACGGCGGGGGGCGCCCCCCGGCUGGAGUACUAUGAGAGCGAGAAGAAAUGGAGGAACAAGUCCGGGGCGCCGAAGCGGGUGAUCGCCCUGGACUCCUGCCUCAACAUCAACAAGCGGGCGGACGCCAAGCACAAGUACCUCAUCGCCCUCUACACCAAGGACGAGUACUUCGCGGUGGCGGCCGAGAACGAGCAGGAGCAGGAGGGCUGGUACCGGGCUCUCACCGACCUGCUCAACGAGGGCAAGGCGGCCUGCCAGGGGUCCCCCCACCGCCACCUCGCCUCCCCCUUCUCGGCCUCCUGCAGCGCGGCCGCCGCCUCCCUGGCGGCCGCCGGCGAGGACCUCAACUACGGGCUGAUCACCCCGGCCGCCGCUGCCUACCGGGAGGUCUGGCAGGUGACGCUGAAGCCCAAGGGCUUGGGGCAGAGCAAAAACCUCACCGGCGUCCACCGGCUCUGCCUCUCGGCCCGCACCAUCGGGUUCGUGCGCCUCAACUGCGAGCUGCCCUCGGUCACGCUGCAGCUGAUGAACAUCCGCCGCUGCGGCCACUCCGACAGCUUCUUCUUCAUCGAGGUGGGGCGCUCGGCGGCCAACCGGGGGGGAGGAGGAGGGGGAGAUGAUGACGGCUACAUGCCCAUGACCCCCGGCGUGGCCGCAGCCUUAGGGCAGGGAAGCCGGGGCAGCGAUGACUACAUGCCCAUGAGCCCCACCAGCGUGUCCGCCCCCAAGCAGAUCUUGCAGCCCCGGGCGGCGGGGGUGGGUGGCGGGUCCCCCGGGAACGGGAGCAGCUACAAGACCAGCUCACCCGGGGAGAGCUCCCCUGACGAUAGUGGGUACAUGCGGAUGUGGUGCGGCUCCAAGCUGUCUGUGGAGAGCUCGGAUGGGAGGCUGAGUAAUGGCGACUAUAUCAAUAUGUCCCCUCGGGACCCCCAGCAUGGGCCCCAGGCUCCCUCCCUCACCCCCCCUGACUUCUUUUUCACCCCUUCGGGGCAUGGGUCCACCGAGCCCCCUAAGCCUGGCUGCUAUUCGUACAGCUCCUUACCCCGCUCCUACAAGAGCCAGGGCCUGGUGAAGGACAGCGACCAGUACGUCUUCAUGAACUCCCCAGGGAGGAAUGAGGCGGUGUGCGGAGCGGGUCAGUCCCCCGCCAGCACCUUCGCCCCUUCCAGCCACACGGUGCCUUCGCCCCUGCGGCACAGCCGGACCGAGAGCUUCCUGAGCCAGAGGUGCCAGCGGGCGGCCCGGCCCAGCCGCCUCUCUUUGGAGACCUUGCGGACGAUGCUGCCCAGCAUGAAUGAGCACCCUCUGCCGCCUGAGCCCAAGAGCCCCGGCGAAUACAUCAACAUCGACUUCGGGGAUACUACCGUCUAUUCUCCCCCCUCGCUGCCCGCCGACAGCCCGGCCUCCUCCCUGGGCUCAGGCACGGGGCAGAGGCGCUCCCCUCUCUCUGACUACAUGAACAUUGACUUUGGGUCCCAGUCGCCCUCCCAGUCGGGCACGGUCUCGGUGGGCUCCCUGGAAGCACUCUCGCCAGGCUCUUCCUCCAGCAUUAGCCAGCCUGAUGGGCGCUACCUGAAGGCGGCUGUGGGGGUGGCUUGUUCGUCCAGCCCGUCCGACGGUGGGGAUUACACCGAGAUGACCUUUGGCAUGGCCACCACCCCACCCCAACCUAUUGUUCAGAAGCCAGAAAGUGCCCGGGUCACCAGCCCCACGGCUGGGGUGAAGAGGCUCACCCUCUCUGGGGUGGAGGCUUUCAUUCUUUCCAGCCCUCCCCCCGACCCGAACCGGGGGGCCAAGGUCAUCCGGGCCGAUCCCCAGGGGCGCAGGAGGCACAGCUCAGAAACUUUCUCCUCCACCACCACUGUGACCCCCGUGUCCCCCUCCUUCGCACACAACCCCAAACGGCACAACUCGGCCUCGGUGGAGAACGUGUCCCUCAGGAAAAGCGAAGGCCUGGAGGAGGAGCAGGGUAGCAGCCCCAUGUGCCGGGAGACCUCGGCUGGCUUCCAGAACGGCCUCAACUACAUCGCCAUCGACGUGGUGGACGGGACCCUGGCAAACUGUGACAAAGCCAGGUCGAAAGCCAGGCAUGUCCUGAACGGGGGCAUCAACGGAGUGGAGAUGAGCGCCUAUGCCAGCAUAGACUUUCUGUCUCACAACCUGAAAGAAGCGAGUGCUGUGAAAGCUUUUAAACGCAGAGCCCGUGGAGAAGCGUCCUGGGGAAGCUCGCUGAGGUUGGAUCUCCCUGUAGGAGGCAGGCUGUCUUCUCCACCACCCUGCUUCCCCGAGAAGCGUGCGGGCCUGCGCUCAGGGUUGGGGGGCUCGGGGGUGACCGUGGCCAAUGUCGGGCCACGGCGGUAAGGAGGAAGCUCGGGCGAGCAUCGUCGGUCAGCGGUGUGCGGGGUUGGGUACCAAAAACAGGGUUUCAGGUUAAUUGGGCUUGUGGCGGGCAAACUGGAAGAGUCAUGGCAUGGGGGAAGGAGACGUAUGGCACGAAGGACUUUAUCGGUGUAAGUCGAAUCAAGUCAUUAACUUUCGCAGACUUCCUAGUUUCUCUUUUGGUUUUCACUGGGAUUUCACAUCGAAGUUUGUUUACGGAAGGACUUCUGCCACCGUCCGAGAAGAUCACUGAGUAUUGUGCCAGUGUAUUUGAAUUUCAAACGUUGUGACUGGGGAGACUACUAAGAAAUUCAUGUUUUACAGAGAAAUACAUACGCAGUUUAAAGAAAACUGUAUUUUGAGCAUAAGCGGGAUUAUUUUAACGCGGUAGAAAUUCAGGUAGAUUUGAGAGAAUUUAAGAA